UAUGCUGAAGACUGGCGUCAGGGAGGGUCCAAAUAAGGGGAAGAGUUUCUACAUGUGUUCUCAGAUGCCCCAGUCAUGUGGUUUCACCACACCUGCCAGCCCCCCUCCCUCUGGUUGCCUGAAGCAUGCUGGGAAGACCAUAGAGCUCCAGAAGAUUUACAGAGACAAGGAGAACCAGUUGUGGUUGUGUUAUAGAUGUCAAGUUACAAAGGAUGCCACCAAGGGAAAAGGUUGGUGUGGAAAAAUUCUUUACACUAUCCCUCCAGAAACAACGUCAGACAGUGAUUCAUCUGAUUCUGAAGAAUACAAGGAUGCUGCUCCAUACCAGCCUUCGAAAAAUCCAUUCUUCAAGGAAGCUAACAAAGAAGGACAGGUGGUUGCAUCGUCUGGAAAGAAGUUUGAUGUCUUUGACAAGAAAGUGGAAAAAGAGAGCUUGAUGAAAUAUGUAGAUGACAACAAGAUCUAUGAUAGUGGUAAACAAGUUGAUCCUGGGAGGGAUGAGUCUCUGAGGGGGGCUGCUGUCAGAGAUGAUGGAUCAAAGUCUCAGAGAGGAGAAGGAGGAAAAACAUUUCCUGCAGAACAUAACCAAAAAUCACAGAAAGGUGACACGGAGGCUAGUGGGGUAGAUGUGAAGACAGGAAAAAAGGCAGGUGAGACAGUGAAGGGCAUAGGCAGCUCAAAACAACCUCAAGGCAAAGAGGAUGAAGUUAUUGUACUUUCUGACAAUGAUGAAGAUGCUGAAGUUAGAGGUACACAAAGUGCCAACACACAGGUAAAACAGGGUGGAAUGCAGAAGCAGCCAGUCAAGGCUGAAGCUGUAAAACCAAAACAGUUAGUCCGAGAUGGGAACGAGACCAAUCAACCAAUCACAGCAGGUCAUAAGAAGCAACAGCCAAUCACAGCCUUCCCAGGGUUCCAGCCAGCAAGCCAGGUGAUGUCCAGAGGUCAUGCAGCGUUGCGGGCGGAUCUGGUGGAGCAGUUACGGAAGAAGGAAGACUUGGUGAAGAAGGUCCAGCUGUCUGUCCUUCCUGACGGAGGGAAGAAGCUGAUGACACAGAUGGAGGACCUCGAGAAAGCUAUCAAAUCCAUUGAUCUUGGUGCCAGUCAAAGUCAACCUCAAGGUGCUUCAGGAGGCCAUGGUCGUCAGCAGCAGCCCAGUAAGCACCAACCCCAGGGGGACAGGCGUGUCCUCCCCACCCACGCACAGCCCCUCCCUGCCCACGUCUUACAGCAGAUGUAUGCCCCCCACCCCCAGGGGCAGACCCUGUAUGGGGGCAGGAUGACGGCCACCAGGCUGCAGCAGGUGGCAGGAGUGACAUCAGAGGCAAUUGAGAGGCUGCACAAGUCUCUGGAAUCCUGUCCACCCCCAGAUGCUGAAGUGGAAGAUCCAGCCUGCCUCCGUGUGAGCCUGCUUACCCAUCAGCGUCAGGCUCUGGCCUGGCUCACCUGGAGGGAGGGGCAGCAUCCCUCAGGAGGGAUUCUGGGUCAGUAAAGAUGGCAGAUGUCUUCCAAGAAUUUUUGUAUGUUAGAAACAGCUCUUAGCUUAGUGGUCUCAAAUGUUCUGUGUAAUCU